GUGUGUUUCUUGUUUCCAUUACUGUGUGUGUUUCCCUCCCCCUCCUCUUUUCCCCUUCCCCCUUUUUUCCAUGUAAGAAACAUUAUUGCGAGAAUAGGAAACACAAACUUUGAAAAAGGAAACGUUAUUUCUCUCAUCAGAUUGUACGCUCUCCCCUUCGCAUAAUACAGCUGCGGAGCAUCUUUCUUUUCCUUUUAUCUCCUUUCGCUUCUUGAUUUCUCAACACCUUAUCUCUUUCUCUUUCUCUCUCACAUACACACACACAUCUGUUGUCAUACGCAUUGCGGUGCCGUUGCGCAAAGUAUUCCUCCUUCAAAAUAGCAUUGGUUUUUUCUCGGGAGUGUCUCUUGUCUUAUUUUUUCUACUUGUUGCUGCCCGUAGAACUCUCUAAGCCUAUCUAUCUAUCUAUCUAUCAAUCUUUUCUCUUGCUAUCUUUUGUCUAUCGCGGUCGACGUGCCGCCGUCUCGCUGUCUCUCUGUCUCUCCCUCCCUCUCCAUCGCAUUUGUUGUCGUUUGCGUAGUCGCACGUUAGUGGUGACUAAGUGAGAGUGUAUUUUUCCAUUGUUCAAUAAUUAAAAGGAAGAGAGGAGGAACAACACCAAUCUGUUCUUCUUCUACGCAUCGUUGUUCUUGUGGUAGUGAGGAAGCUCCCAACACACGGAGGAGCAACACCAACCGAAGGAUGGGCGGCACGUGCAUCAAAGGCAAAGCUGCCACGCCAAAGCGUGCCGGUGAGGGCGCUGAUCGACGGGCGUGGGGCGCCAAGGGAGGCGGCGACAACGCCGACCCGGCUGCACACCCAUCCCAACGAGUGGGGAACGAAAAGGUCGUUGAGCGCGCGUUCGGCCACUGCGGUGUGAUGGGGAACAACAAUAACAUCAACAACUACGACAAUAAUGGGAGGAUCGUGAUGGGUGGUGGCGGAGGUGGAGGUGGCAUUGCGGCCUACAGACCCAGCGACGACGUGUCCAAGACGUACUUUGACCACAUCAACGCGGUACGCAGUGUCGCGGUUGCCGUCGGUGUCUUACCCCCCGCGGUGGGGGGCAGUCGCGAAGUGGACUCCGUCAAGAACAACGACGGCACCAGCGUGCCAGAGGCAGGGAGGACCUCCGACUAUCCGGUCGCUGCGUGCCCACCGCUCACGUCACUGACGGUGUACCAGUGCCAACCAUUAAUCGGCGACACUGUGGUGGCAAAAGGGAUGUACAGCGCGGUGCAUCUCGCUCGCUUGUCGGUCUUCACGGGGACGGCAGAGACGGCGAACGCGACGGCGCCACGCCACCCUGGCGGGCGCCACGCUAGCGGGGGCUCCUCCAUCGUUUUCUCCGCCGAUCCGGCCUCCACGGAGGUCUCGGGUUCCCUCUCGCUGAGCAUGGCGAGCGCCUCGGUGACGUCGCCGCUGAACAACAACGGCAACGCUGGUGGUGGUGGUGCUUCCCACUACAUUGUAGCCAUGAAAGAGAUGCCGGUGUACGCCAGCUACUCCACCGGUGUUUUGUUGGAGCAGAUUCGCAUGGAGGUGCGGAACUGGACCCGGCUGUCCGCCUACAACCCCCGGGUGCUGCGUUGCUACGUGCUGGAGUACGUGUACCCAGAGAACGUCUCGGCUGCCGUGCCUGAGGCGUGCUGUCACUUCUACCCUGGGCUGCCCAACGACGAAGUGAAGACGCCGAAGGUGAAGGCAACAAGUCCGUACACCUCGCCGAUUGGCAGGAUUCUGGAGCGCCGGAGGAGUCCGUCAGGCAACACCAGCCCCAAGCCGUUAGCCAGCCUCGGCAAGCGGCACGGGUCGCAGAAUAUGGAGGGGACACCGACCGAGGCGAGCGGCACCCCGCAGAAACUCCGCCUUUACCUCGAGUACGCCAAGUACGGCACCCUGCGCGGCUAUCAGUCAAGGGACAUGCCGGAGAAGUUCGGCAAGCGCCGGCUGCACGAGUUGACGGCCCGAGCCUACAUGCGCGAUGUGCUGCUGGCACUGCUGCACGUGCACGGGUGCGGUGAGCUGCAGUACGACCUCUGCGCCAAGUCCAUUUUUCUGAACCGGCCCGUUCAAAUGGUGUACGGCACUUACUUCCCUGCGUACAUCUCUGAUGUGCCGGCUGGCGAUUUAGCCGGGGUGACGCCGACGCAGCUGGGCAGGGCCUUGGCACUGCUCGACCCUCCCAUGGCACAGUCCACUGCUGGCAAUAAUAAUAAUAAUAAUACCAAAAAGAAUAGUAGCCCGAAUGGGGCGACUCCCUGGCAAGCCAACAGAGAUCCGUACACGACCGGCAACGAGCCCAUCAACGCGGUCAACCAAAGCGGUGGGAGCGACGCCUACAAUGCGCCGGUCGACAUCUCUGUCAUCACACACUCUGCGAGCGCGGUGCCGCCGAUCUCGACCUCGGACGCCAAGGUGAACGUCAACGCAGAUGCCAGUGCGUUGCCCACCACGGCGUAUGAACAGCGCGACGUAGUGCGUGGGGGUGGCCAUGCCAGCGACGCGUACAAGCCGAGCCCGGAUGAGGCAGCGUCGCUCUGCAGCGUCGCCACCCCGCUGCGUGGGGACCGCUCCGUCGGCAGUCCUGUAAAGCGCAACAGUGGCCUGCGCUCCUUCGGCAAACACGCCAGCAUGAAUAGUUUGCGCACCGCAAGGUACCUCGAAGGCGACGACGCGGGCGAUCACCAGCGACUCAACGAGCUCUACUGUCGCUACAUGGACGACUUUGAUUUCAAGCGCACCGACGGCGACGACGUGCCCUUCCCUUCGCCGCACGACGGCGUUGAGGCGCAGGCGGACGCGGAGCUGAUGGCCGCGACGAUGCUCCCCGAGGAGCCGCGUGCGACGCCGGCGAUGCGGGUGGUGCCGCUGCUGCGCUCGAACCUGGGCGGCGUGGCAGUUGUCUCGCCGGAUCACUUCGUCGUGAAACCCGGGGAUGCGCUGCACGCGCCGGACCUGCGUGGGCGCCUGCCCAUGGUGCUCUCCCCAUCCACCAACACGAGCGCGCUGGUGUGCGGCAGCCCCCACACGACGGCCCCGACCUUCUCACCGACGCCGGCGCUGCACAGCAGUGUAUUUGCCCCGGCCCCGGCGCCGCCAACACACACAAUGAGCUCCGGCACGACGAUGGCCGACGCGGCCGGCGCGUUGGGCCGCGCCCGUGGCGGCGUCCCACUGACGAAGCUGAACCACGCCUCGCUCAUUCGUCGCGCGUUGGCCUACGGCGACGCCGACAAGGUGGAGGACAUUCCGAUGUACAAGUACGUGACGGUCACGCAUGCGGCGCCGGAGGUGCUGCACCGCCGUACCUUCUCCCCCGCUAGCGACAUCUACGCGUUCGCCAUGACCUUCGUUGAGCUCGUGACGGAUGACGGCGUUAUCAUGGAGGAUUGCCUCCCGCACAACCUGCAGAAGCCCAGGACGCGGCGUGAGAAGGAGGAGUACGACGUGCAACUCACCGCCAAUCUGGACAAGUGGUACCAGAAACGUAUCGCCGCCCUGCGACAGAACUUCGAUGCGGCGGCGAAGGAGCAGGAGCUGCCGGCGGUGCUGUCGCCGCGCGCCGGCCCCGUCGUUGUGCGCAUUCCACCGCACCUCUCUGAUGAGGCGCGCAAUAUGCUGAGCUGGUGUCUGCAGAACGACCCCAACAAACGGCCCACCGCGGCGGAGCUGCUGCGCUCACGUUAUUUUAUGCUGGGCGACUGGAUCGCCGCGCCGACGGUAUUGGCCGCCGAUUGCGGAGCCACGAAACCGCCGGAGACGCCGUGGGAUGCGUCCGUCAACUUUGACGCCGCUGCCCGGUCCAUUGGGCUGCCUCUGCUGCAGGAGUGA